AUGGGUAAUAUUUUCGAAGGUAUAGCACUAUUACUCUUUCCAUUAUCUUCAUCAUCAUCAUCAACAACAACAACAACAACAACAACACGAUCAGAAGAUCACACACCGGCACCAACCGUUGUAUGCAUAGACGAAACAAGAACAUGCAACAACUCUGUUGUUAGUCGUAAUUUGUCCACGGUAUCAAAUCAAUUGAAUAACGAUCCAUAUCACAUAUUUAGUUACAGAAGUAUGGCAGACAAUGAUUUUGUACCAUCGGGGUCAGAUUAUCUUGUGCACGACAUGACCAUGAAAUCAACACUUCUCUCCUCAUUUUAUAACCUGUCAAAUUUCGUUGAUGCAACAGCAUUGAAUACGUUCAACGAUACAAUAACAAUGACAAGCACUAGAUCGUCAUUAAAUGAUAGGACAUACUUCACUCGAGUAAAACGCACGAUUGCUCACAUUAAUGGUAAUCAAACGAAUCAACCUGACAUGAUCACGAUUAAUAUGGAAAAUAAUUACAUAAAUAUCAUCAAUGCAAUCUUGGCUAUUUGUUUCAUUAUUAUGUUACUGCUCGUUUUUAUCAUAGUCAUUCUAUGUUAUAAACGAACUCGAUCAAUAUCAUCUCAUUCUGUUCGUCAUAGCAAACAGACAAACAUUGAUAACGAACAUCGAUUGAUGAAGAUGAAAGAUUGGGAAAAUAAUGGGCCAAAGUGUGACCAGACCAAUCAAGAUCCUGUACUAUUUACGGAUAUUUUUGAUCUGAUAACUAACGAUGAUACCACUGACGACAAUAUUCAAUAUGUGUCACCUUUGAAUCGAUUAGAAAAUGAUUUCUUAUUCAAUUUCGAUUUCACUUGCAUGCAUAACAACAUAGAGCAAGAAGAGGAAGAAGACGAAGAAGAAGAAGAAGAAGAAGAACAACAACAACAACAACAACAGCAACAUCAACAACAACAGUAUAACCAACAAGAACGGCGAUCAUCAUUGCACAAUACUUAUGCAUCUACUAAAAGUAAUUCACAACCUGAGUUCAUUGAAAAGAUAAAAACAAGUGAUACGAUUUCCACUGUAAGUAGAACUUUAGAGCGGUUUUUCAACAAUCGAAUUGACUAUCGUAUCGACUUGUCGUCGUCAUUGUUAUUCAAUAAAAUACAACAAACGCGUACACUUUCAACAGGGACACAGUCAAAAACAAAUAGGAUGCAUCGCACAUCGAACGAUGUCAUGCCAGAUUAUCUAUCAUCAAAAACAGAAUUAUUUGAUCAACAUAUGAAUCCAUAUUUGGCACAUGUCAAUCGAAUAACUAUGGCAGAUCUACGUGACAUUGCUUUUCUCACACAUUAUUUCGAUUUCUAUACUUUACUCCAUCAAUUAUGGACAAGCUAUUUCAAAGCUGGCACUGGUCAACUACAUCACGAUGAUCACAUUUUUUUCUGGAGCGACAAUAUUCAGUCAACAGUUGGGAUAGAAGGAAACUAUGAUGACACGCUGUUAUCCGCAACAACAACAACAACAACAACACACAAACGAAUGAUAAGCAAGGAACAACAAUCCAUGUAUGAGACAAUAGUGGCUACACAAUUAAACGAAUAUAAAAAUAAAAUGGAAUAUUAUCGAGUUGAACUCAAUAAUAAAACACAAAAACAUGCCAUGGAUUUCACAGCAGCGAUUGAAGAGACUAUGCAUUUGUUUGUCGAAAAAUACGGUAUCUCCUAUCAUCGUCGAAAAUGUCAUUUUCUUAUUGCUAUGCUUAAUUAUGAUUAUGAUGAUUACAUACUUCAAACACAAUUUCAAAACGAGAAACCUAAUGAUUAUCAAAUAGAAACAGCUGGAAGACUAUACGAUCUUCAUUUGAAAUUGAAAUCAGCAGAAUAUGAAUACAUGGAUUUCAAAGAACGAAUUCUCUGCAAUCAACCGUUGUCAAUAUUGAAUAAGUUUGACAUGAAGUUCUUGUUGCCCUAUCAAAUUAAUUCGAUUAAGAAUCUCAAUCAUCGACAACAUUUCAUUCGUCAAUAUUAUUCAUUGAUUGAACAAAUUAAAACAGAUCUUAUGAGUAUUUAUCUUGCGUUAACUGAACGUCGAAUCGCUUAUUAUCAAUCAAUGUUAGCAGCCGUUAUUUCUCAAAUGUACUAUUAUCGACAGACUUCGUCGGAUAAAGACUUGCCAAGAACGUUACUUAAUUUAUUAAAUAAGCGCAUCGAACACAUGAAUGAAAAAUUACGGCGAAAACAUGAAUAUCAACGCGAUUCCUAUCGACAAGCAAAUUUAUCAUGGAGUCAAAUGAAUGACGCGCAAACAUCCGACAGGAGAGCUAUCGGUUUCAUUCGAACAACGAUCAUCGACCGAGACAUAAUCACAAGUCAUACUCUUACAAAUGAACAAUUACGUUUAUUAAAUCGUGGACCAACGUAUGUAGCGCCAUGUCAAUUGUCUUCUUCAUCAUCAUCAUCAUCAUCGUCGUCGUCAGUGACGACGAUUGAAAAUAUGAUUGCAAAUGAAAUUAAAAUACAAAGCAAACCUUUAUUGCAUAAGAUAACUAAGAUCUGUUAUGAAUACCAAGUACCACUUCAUAUUCAGGAAACAUUCAAAUUGAAAGUAAAACAAGAAUAUCAAGCGCUAUUGUCUCAACCUAUCCCAGAAUCGAUGCUGAAACGUGCCAUUUAUGAAAACCAACUCAUUCAAUCUAUUCAAUCAACUUUAAAGGACAAAAAUCUUAUUUUACGACGUACUGCUGAUCAAUACAAUCGAUUCUAUCUUGGUAAUCGAGAACAAUUUCAUAGGAAAUCGAAUGAGUAUUUUCAAGAACACAUAGCAAAAUAUUGCAGUAAAUUAUAUACAAUAUCUGAUGAUAGCGAAUCACGAUUACAACAACCUACUGAGUCUAUGAAAAGAAAUUACCAUCGAAUAAAUAUGAUCUUAGAAAAAUUAUUCGAAGAUAAACGUAUUAAUGAGAAUCUCUGUGAAGAACUUCGAAUUAAUAUUCAGCAUGUUAAAUUGCCUUAUCUCUAUUUUUUACCUGAUACUACUCUCUCAUCGUCAUCAUCAUCAUCAUCAUCAACGGCAACACCAUUACAAUCUAGCCUUAGAGUGAAACCCGUUUUUUCUACUCACUCAAGUGCAACCUCAAAACUGGCUCGUUUUCUUCAUCGAUUACUUCGACCAUUAGUAAGUCGUUAUACACAACGAACAUCAAUUAUUAAUGAGGCGGAUUUCAUCAAUAAAUUUCGAUCUUUUACCUAUGAAGAAAAACGUCUCUCUCGAACGACAUUCUUCGCUACACUUUCUUUUCAUCGUUAUCCAAUCGUACUGUCAAAUGAAAAAAUCUUAACUCUAUUAGAAAACUUUUUUAUCGAUCAACAAAACAAACUGAAUACAACGGGAAGUAACUUGGGAUAUUACUCGUUGAAGAAGAACGAAAAAACUAAAAUCCAAUAUAUAUCAAUACAUGCUGUGAAAUUAUUGUUGAAACUAUUCUUAUCAGCAAAUUUCUUCUCAUAUGAGAAAAGCAUCUAUCAAUUUUCGCAAGGUAUGCCCAAUCAUUUCUUACUCAAUGAACUCUUCACAGAAAUCUAUCUGUAUGAAUGGGAACAAGAAAACAUUUGCCAUGAUUCAAGAUUAAACAAUCAAUUCUAUGGUCGAUAUCAAAAUAAAAUUUUUUUCACUUGGCAUAGACCACCCAGUGAACUGCAAUCAUGGUUACAAGCCAUCACGAACAAUAAUUUAGAUUUUGAAAUACAUUACUCGAUUGGUCGACAAGCUCACUUUUUCAAUCUACAACUUGAACAUCGUCACGGCUAUUUGACAACGAACAUACUUUAUCCAACAGCCAUAUCAAAAUAUACACGUCUUCCAUAUGUCAUCGAUCAUGCUCAAUUAAGUCAUCGGCAAUGGUUGCUAUCGGCAUUAUUACGAGCAGUACGCUUCUGUACAAAUGUUCAUGAUUUCAUUCAAGAACGUUUAUAUUUGGAAAUGACUUGCUUACUAUACGGUUAUUCAGUUGAAUUUAUUGAAACACAAUUGAAACGUUUCUAUCGCUUUUUCCAUCUCGAACAUCAUCGUUUCAAUAUGAAUCAGAAUGUUUAUCAUCAAUUUCGUCGACAAACAUUUGACUUCGCUCGAAAACAACUAGACAAUCUGAAAAUUUAUCAACAAUCAUGUGACACACGUGAUUGUACAAUCUAUAUACAUUAUUUAUAUGGCUACGGCUAUAGUUCAGAAGUCAAUUUUCAACGACAAUUCUAUCGUCUUUGGUCUCUUUAUUUUAGUCAUCAAAAUAACUAUCUAUCACAUGCGGCGAAGAUGAAACUUGUUUUAUAUGCAAAAUAUGUGUAUUCAUUAAAUAGUCGUUUAGCACGACAACGACCAAUACAAUUACGUUGA